AUGGCAUCUGUCAGGCAGUUUCCCACCAUCAAGAGCGUAAGGUCGUUCAUAAUCGAUGGCGUUGGCUCAGGUGGCGACUACCACAAUGUCAAGAGUGGCCAUUGGUUGAUCGACUCGCCCAUCUCGACUCCUUGUUCACAAUGGGAAAAAUACCGCCAUUCGCGGACAAGCUGGGGCAUCAAUGUCUUGGGUUCCUUCUUCGUCGAGAUUGAGGCAUCUGACGGCACAGUCGGUUUUGCUACUGGCUUUGGAGGCCCCCCGGCAUGCUGGCUCGUUCACCAGCACUUCGAACGGUUCUUGAUCGGAGCCGACCCCAGAAAUACGAACCACCUCUUCGAGCAGAUGUACCGCGCCUCCAUGUUCUACGGCCGUAAGGGUCUCGCCACCGCCGUGAUCUCCGUCAUCGACUUGGCUAUCUGGGAUCUCCUGGGCAAGGUCCGGAACGAGCCCGUAUACAAGCUGAUUGGAGGUGCGACCAAGGAGCGGCUGGACUUCUACUGCACUGGCCCUGAUCCCCCGGCGGCCAAGGCAAUGGGGUUCUGGGGUGCCAAGGUGCCGCUGCCUUACUGCCCCGAGGAGGGGCAUGUCGGUCUCAAGAAAAACGUCGAGUUCCUCCGCAAGCACCGCGAGUCUGUCGGACCGGACUUCCCCCUCAUGGUGGACUGUUACAUGUCACUAAAUGUGUCAUACACGAUCGAGAUUGCGAAGCAGUGCGCGGACCUCAACAUCAACUGGUGGGAGGAGUGCCUGUCGCCUGAUGACACCGACGGGUUCGCCCAGAUCAAGCGAGCGCACCCGACGAUCAAGUUCACCACGGGCGAGCACGAGUACUCCCGAUAUGGCUUCCGAAAACUCAUCGAGGGCCGCAACCUAGACAUUAUCCAGCCCGACGUCAUGUGGCUCGGAGGCAUGACCGAGCUGCUAAAGGUGUCGGCGAUGGCGGCAGCAUAUGAUAUUCCUGUCGUCCCCCACGCCAGUGGUCCCUACAGUUAUCAUUUCGUCGUCAGCCAGCCCAACACCCCGUUCCAAGAAUACCUGGCCAACUCCCCAGACGGGAAGAGCGUCCUCCCCGUCUUUGGAGACCUCUUCCUGGACGAGCCGAUCCCGACUAAGGGCUUCCUCACGACGGCGGACCUGGAUAAGCCAGGCUUCGGUCUUACCCUCAACCCGGUCGCUCGAGCAAAACUCAUCCCGAGCACAUACCUGUUGACACCGCCGCCGAUGAAUUCCCUGAGUGCGCCUGCAGCUAGCGAACCUGAGAAGGCCUCGGAGGCGCCCGCGAAGACUAUUCACACCCACGCGCGCAUGACGCCAACCAUGCCGGUGUCCAACCUCCUAGCCGGCAAGAACGCCAUCGUCACGGGCGGCACGACAGGCAUCGGGCGGGCCAUCACGCUCGCCUUCCUGGGGCAGGGCUGUAACGUGGCGGUCAACCACCUAGGCCUCGAGCGCGACGCCGCGCACCUGGCCAGCCUGGAGGCCGAGGCGGCGGAGCUGCUCGCCGGGAACCCGUCGGCGGGCCGGUUGGCGCACCAGGUGGGCGACGUGCGCGAGCCCGAGGCGGCGGCGCGCCUGGUCGAGCUUGCGACGACUGCGUUCGGGAACAACAACGAGGGCUCCGGCGGCGGCUGCCGCCGGCUGGACGUGUGCGUGUCCAACGCGGGGAUCUGCACGUUUGCCGAGUUCCUCGACCUCGACGCGGCGCUGCUGGAGAAGACGGUGCGGACAAACCUCGACGGCGCCUUCUACGUCGUGCAGGCGGCCGCGAGGCACAUGGCGCGCGUGAACUCGCCUCCGGGCGGGUCGAUCAUCGGGGUCAGCUCCAUCUCGGCGCUGGUGGGCGGCGCCGGGCAGACGCACUACACGCCGACCAAGGCCGGGGUGCUGAGCCUGAUGCAGAGCACGGCGUGCGCGCUGGGGCGGUACAACAUCCGGUGCAACGCGCUGCUGCCUGGGACGAUCCGCACGCAGCUGAAUGAGGAGGACCUGGCUGACGAGGAGAAGCGGAGGUACAUGGAGGGGAGGAUACCGCUCGGCCGGACGGGCGUGCCCAAGGACCUAGCUGGGCCGGCCGUGUUCCUGGCGUGUGAGGAGCUGAGUGGCUAUGUCACUGGUGCGCAGCUGCUGGUCGAUGGCGGGCUGUUUGUGAACUUGCAGUGA